AUGGCUCCACUUCCGGGGCUCCGGCCACGGCGCGUGCGGCGCGUGCACCUGGCGCUGCCCGCCGUUGCGCUGGGCGUCGUUGCGCUGGGCGUCGUUGCGGGGCCCACCUUCCUGGCACCGAAGAAUGGCGGUCACGGCACUCACGGCACUCACGGCACUCACGGCACUCACGGGGCAUGGCUCGCACCGUGGCUGGCCAUGACCUCCCCGGUCUUUGCCGAGUCCGACGCGGCUUCGGUGGGUUCCGUGGGUUCCGUGGGCUCGACGCAGUCCAUCGAGGACAUGCUGAUGGACCUGCUGAACAAAGCCACCGGUGGUGCCGUGGACGUCCCGACGGAUGGCUCUACGCCUUCCCUUCUUUUCCUGGGCCUAGGAGCUUUCCUGCUUUACGGCGUCUUCGCAGUCCUGAAAUUCGUCCUGGCCGCGGUGGGCGGCUUGUUUGUGGUGCGCGAAAUCGAUCAGCAGUUCGGCAAGGAAGGCCGCAAGACCUCCAAACUGGUGGAGAAGGCCUUGAAGCGCUUCGCCGGUGAACCCGCCGACCUCUUGGAGGAGCGACGGCUGAAGGUCGUGCGCCUCAACGACGAAGUCACGGCCUUCCAGGCCUCGCUGGCGGAGCAGGUCAGUGGCCCCUCAGCGGGUGCUGCGCUGCGUGACAGCGCGCGUCGGAAGCGCUUCGUGGUGCUCUGGCAGCGGAUCUUGGACGACGUGGCCAUGACCGACGUGGAGAGGCAGAAAGUGGAGGAUGCGGUGCAGAAGUAUUUGAAGGAGGAGCGCGAGCGGCAGGAGGAUUUUCGCACUGCCCGAUCUGAGUGGCUCAGUUCGUUGUUCGAGAACUCGUUUUUCGGGACGAUGUCCAACCGCUACCGAGUCACGGGGUCGUUGGACAAGAAGAUCCGUCUGCAGGAGGAGUUGAUUAGCAACAUUCGCAAAGCGCUGCCGGAUCAGAAGAAGUUUUCCAACGUCAAAAAAGUUCUGGGAGAAGUGGAUCUCUCCUGGUUGACCGAUAAAGAUCAAGAUGAUCAUCAGAAAAUUGAGGCGCCAAAGACAGUUUACGUGUUGAGCUUCGAUGGAGAUCCCACGGCUGCGGGCGUUAGUUUACUGCAGCAGGCUGGCUGGCUGGUGGGACGGGGAAAGAACCUUGAAGUGACCGCCAUCCUGGAGUCCAACGUCAAGCCUGAAGAGGUCAUCCUGAAGCUGAAGAGCCCAGGAGGCACGGUGACGGGCUACGGCCUGGCGGCGGCUCAGCUGCUGCGCUUCCGGCAGCAGGGCGUCCGGCUGGUGGUUUGCGUGGACGAGUUGGCGGCCUCGGGGGGGUACAUGAUGGCCUGCUGUGCCCACAAAAUCCUGAUCUCCCCAUUUGCGGCCGUGGGAUCCAUUGGUGUGAUCAGUGGCGUCCCCAACGCCGUGGAGCGCCUGGACCGGGAGGGGCUGAAGGUGAUCCAGACCACGGCGGGCAAAUGGAAACGAACCAUCGAUCCUUUCCAGGCGCCAACCCCUGAAGCCUUAGCCAAAGCCGAGGAGGACGUGAACCGGAUCUACCGGCAGUUCUCCGGCUUCGUGAAGCAAAACCGUCCCAAUAUCGACAUCGAGGCAGCCAUGGAUGCCAUGGCAGGGUUUGAUGGGUUUUGUGUAUGCCACAGCAUGAUAGAUCCAAUGAAAUCCAGGGGCUCGAAAUCAUGCUGUGGCACAAAUGACACGGGAAUUAUGGAAUUUUUGCAUGCGCUGAAGAUGACUUUCUCUGUUUCAUCGAUUCGCUGGUGCAAUCAAUGA